AUCCGGACACAGGGAGGACAGAGAGGUGCCAGGGGAGGCAGCACUGGGCAGAACCGAGGGGCAGAGAUGAGAGCACCCUACUCGCUGUCCUGCCUGUUCCUGCUGAGCCUGGGCGCCUGCUUCCCCCCGGGCGAGCGCUGGGAGCCGGCCCAGCCCGGGGAAGGGGCUCUGCUGGGUCCCGGCUGGCACACGGAGGGCCGGGGUCCCGGCUGGAGGGCAGCCCCGAAGCGGCGGAGGAGCGAGGAGGAGCGGGACGCGCUGCUGAGCCUCGCCCGGGAGCUGCUCGGGACGCGGCCGGGCCGGAGCGGCGGCCCCGAGGCGCUGCCCGCGGGAGGGGAGAAGCGCAGCGGAGCCCUGGGCAACCUGGCGGAGGAACUCACCGGCUACAACAGGAAAAAAGGGGGCUUCACCUUCCGCUUCGGGAGAUGAGAGCGUGGACUGCAUUCCCCACCUCCUGCGGGUCACCCCGUCCCGUCCUUCCCCUCCAUCUCACCUGGGUUUGCGUGGAAAAAAAGGAUAUUGGGUUUUGCUGCUGGGGGUCACCUCGUCCUGUCAUUCCCCUCCAUCUCACCUGGGUUUGCAUGGAAAAAAAGGAUAUUUGGUGGUGUUGCUGCUGGGGGUACCUUGGGAAGGGGGGAUGCUGCUUUUGCCCCACUCCCAGCUCAGCUCUAGAUCUCCCAUCCCUCUUCCCGACCCAUGCAAUGGAAGAAGAGGAGGGUGGCUGGAGGAGAAAUUACCAAAUCCUUUCCCUGACCACAUAGAGCUUCUGCUGGGACACAGGGAAAGGGGCUGGUGCUGGGUCUCCAGUGCUGGCAGAGAGCAGGGUGGCACAGGGGCAUGGGCAGAGCAGGGGCGGCACAAUGGGACAGGCAGUGCCAGCAGGGGUGGCACAAUGGGACGGGCAGUGCCAGCAGGGCCAGGCAGCAGGGCUGGAGGGUUUACAGCAGGAUGCUGUGGUGCUGACAGUCCCCAGGGACUGUUUGUAGUCCAGGUCCAACCAUCAGGGAGGAGAGGGUCCCUCAGAGCUCUCCACCGAGCUGCUGCUCUCCCGCCUAUUAAGGGAAAGUCCCUCCGGCAGCAAAUUCUGCUUAGUGUCAAGAUGCCUCUCGCACGAGGCAGCUCCUGCCUGCAAAACCAGGGCAGAGCAGCAGGGUUCGAGAGAAUCUUGUCCUUAGCAACCCCUGGAGUGAGCACAGAACCCUGCCCUGGCACCACCAGCCCUGGCACAGCCCCACAGCCCUGCCCGUGCCCCACACUCCUCGCCAGGGUGAGAUUGUGAUGCCUGACCUUCGAUGUUCUUGUCACCACUCAGCUCCUCGGUCAGCCUGGCCCUUCCCAAAGCCUUCCUGGCCUCCUCACCAUCUAACCCAGCUGGAGCUACUGCAGAAGGACUGAAACAAGAACUUCUGACCACUGAGAGGUGCUCAGUGUCACUGGUGCUCCAGCCACCAUCAGUGCAGCUUUGGGGACCAUUAGCCCCAAAAGCCACCACAGGAGGAGCCCCAGCCACUGCCUUCCCCUCUUUUGGGCAGAUUUAGCUGUGCCAAUCCCGGUGUUUUCUCUGUGCCUGCCAGAGAUAGCAGCAAUCAGAGCUCUAACUACCUGCUGCAGGCACUAACAGCAACUCACACACUGAGCCACGGCUGAUAUUUCAUUGCAGGCACAGAAAUGAGCCUGGAGAUGAUUUGCAAGCGCUGAAUUGCACCCUCAAAAAUCAGAGACCGUGGCAGGACUUGGUUGGGGGAGUAAAAAGAUUUAAAAAAAAAAAAAAAACCUAAAUCAGGCUGCAAGAGGUGCAUUGUAAUAUCCAUCAGGCAGACAGAGCACUUAAUGCAGUGCUGCGUGAGCCCCUAUGGCAGCAGAGCAGCGGCUGGGGCUGAAUGGAGGGGGAACAAUCGUGAGGCAGCAGGAGCAGGGAGCAGUGGAGGCACAGGACAGGCUCACCCAGGUCUGAGGGACACGGACAGUGCCGGGUUUGCCCUCAGGUGAGGAUGGUGAUGGCUGUGAAGGUGAGGAUGGUUUGCCCUCAGGUGAGGAUGGUGAUGCCUGUGAAGGUGAGGAUGGUUUGCCCUCAGGUGAGGAUGGUGAUGACUGUGAAGGUGAGGAUGGUUUGCCCUCAAGUGAGGAUGGUGAUGGCUGUGAAGGUGAGGACGGGCAUUCCCUCUCCUGCAGCCCCGAGCAUCUCGCACUGGGGAGCACAGCAGGGCCACCCAGGGCACUGAGCCCGCACAGAGCCGCAGCCCAGGCACCCCAAACCCAUCCCCAUCCCUGCAUCCCUCCCAUCCCUGCAUCCCUCCCAGUCCCGCCCCGGUUUGGAUCGGGACGGCGGCGCCGCCUCACGCAGCGCAGACGGAGCUGUAUCGAUGUUUCCAUGGCAACCACUUCCCCCUGCCCCUCUCCCUUUUGAGUGUUCAAACCAUCAAUAAACACGCACUGAUCAAUUUUACCCUGCGCUGGAGCCGGGGGAGGGAGGCAAGGGAGGAAGGGGAAGAGUUCUGGUGUAACUCAGGGUUAGUGAGGGCUGGUAAAUCCCCGGCUUUGCUG